ACGCUGUUGCAUAGUCGGCGACUCGGCUACACCCACCAUAUAUAUUCCUCCAACUCAGACUCCAACUCCAACUCCAACUCCAACCGUAACUUUAUUUUCACCAGCAGAAGAACAAUUACUGGUUUCUUCAGCAGCUAUAAAAAUUUCUCAUUCCUCCAAUCAGAGUUUAACAUCCAUCCUUUUACAAAAAGAAAUGAUGAGUAACAAAAGAAGUAGAGCAGAAAUGGAAGACAGCAUAGUAGUUGCCAUGGCAAAGUGUUUGAUGUUAUUAUCACGUGACAAGGGAGGGAUCGAUUUUCAAUCCGUGAUCGAUGAGCAACAAAUGACAUCAAAAUCCAGUACUCAAGAUCGCGUUUUCGAGUGCAAAACAUGUAAUAAACAAUUUCUGUCCUUUCAAGCUCUAGGAGGACAUAGGGCGAGCCACAAGACACGUCCGGUGAUGGACUUGUAUUCAUCGGAUGAUCAAAGCGUCAAUGAUAACCAAAAGCAAGCAAAGAAAGUAAAGACUCAUGAGUGUUCUAUUUGUGGUUUAAAUUUCGCUGCAGGACAAGCUUUGGGUGGUCAUAUGAGAAGGCACAGAGCUUCCAUGAUUGAAUCUUCGACAACAAUAGCAGGAGCAGGAUUGUCAUCAAUCUUGUCAUCUGAUAUUACUACCGCUGCUACUCAUCAAAAAGAAAUGGUACCACAAGUUUCAGCAUUGAAAAGAUCAAAUAGCAGGAGAGUUUUGAGUUUGAAUAUAGAUUUAGAUUUGAGCUUAUCUCUUCAACCCUUGGAUAACAAUGAUCUUGAGUUCUCCACUGAUGUAAAAGCACCAGGGAAACAUAUUUCCACAACAUCCACGAUUUAUGCUUUGAUUUGAUUAAUAUGUGAUCAAAAUGUGGCUAGAUGUGAUUUAUGCAUUAGCGAAGACCAAUUCUCUCUCUUUAUUUUAUCUCUCGGUAAGUAGGAUAAUAUGAUCUGACAUUAGAAGAGGUUCGAUCCAGAGGGUUUCCGGUCGCGUGCUGGUUGGGGCGAAGACUUUAGGCAAUAGGUUUAAAUUUAUGUAUGUAAAUGAAUUAUGACAAGUGACUCGACAACUUCCCUUAGUUUAAAAUUGUGAUGUUAUCACUUUCUAAUUAUCUCUUGGUUGCUGCUA